AUGGAUUCUAUUCUAUAUAGUUAUAAUAAUUAUUAUAUAGAUUUUCGUAAUUUACAUAAGAAAAUUUAUGAUCGUUUAUUAACGAAUUUGAAAGACAAAAUAAAAUGUUUAGUUAUUUCAAAUGAUUAUUCAGUUCCUUAUUUUGCACAUAUUAGCAAUUUUUUAGAACAAUAUAAUUUAUCUGAAUUUAUUCGACUUGAAAAACUUUCACUUAUUGAUAUUGAUGAAGAAUAUUUUCUUCAUAUUUUACCAAAUAUAACUAGAUUUAGUAAAUUAAAAUGUCUUAAAUUGGAUAGACUUCCUUCGUAUACAUGUUGGAGAUUUAAAAACAUUUUAUCACGAUUAAUUCGAUUGGAUUUGCCUGAUGCAGCAUUUUUUGAUCAAUUAUCAGAAGAAUAUAUUCAAAAUUUAAAAUGUUUAUCUGUUGUUCGUUGUACAUUUGAACAAUUACAACAUCUAUUUAAUAUUGUACCACGAAAAACACUUCAAGCGUUUGCUAUAACAGAUGGAGUUCUCUCAACUAUUGGAGAUAAUUGUUGGCCACAAUUUGCUCGACUACCCUAUAAACUAAAACGACUCAAUUUACAAAUUGACUUUCAAUGUAUAACAUUAAAUGAGUUAGAAGAAGUACUAUCACAAUUGCCUCGUUUAACUCAUUUGGAUAUAAAAGGUGCAGGUGAUAUCGAUUUAGCUAAUGGUCAACAAUGGGAAGAUUUUUUACAUGCAACUUAUGGAAAUCAAUUAAUUGAAUUUGAUUUCUGUUUUACAAUUUGGUCCUAUACGAGCAUGGAUACAAAUCAAAUUUUGGAACAAUUUUCUCGUCCAUAUUGGUUAAAUCGUAUUCGCCCAUGGUAUAUCUCAUACAAUGACCGUGGUCUAAUUUAUACAGUCCCACGCUAUGCAUCAACAUGUUCUAGAUCAGAUACUAUUUUAACAUGUCAAACAACAACAAAGGAUAAAAGACUCUUUUCAAAUACAAUUAAUCAAUUAAUAAUACAUAAUCCUACAAUAAUUCCUGAAUAUUGUUUUAAUUAUGUUGAUUUUUUACGAAUUAGUAAUGAUGCUAUUGAUUCAACAACUGAUAAUAUAUCAUCAAUUGUUAAUUUAUCACGAAUAAAACAAUUUGAAAUUUCAACAACAAUUCCAUAUGGUUUACUAAAUCGUAUGGAUAAUUUAUAUCAUUUAUCAUUAAUUAAUAUAAAUUCUUUAGUAUUAAGUUUACAUAAAGUUAAUUGGCAUUUAAAAUUUGAACAAAUUCGUGUUCUUGAUAUAAUUUAUAAUUCAAGAAAUCAUCGUUAUACAGAUGUUCGACCAGAAGUAUUAUGUCCAAUGUUUCCAAAUGUUAUGCGAUUAUCAAUGAAUGGAAUGGCUAUACGUCGAGCUUAUAUUAGUCGAAUUAUUGAUGGAUUUCGAAACAUGAUUUAUGGAAAAUUUCAAACUAAUUGGAAUAAAGAACAAAAAGAAAGAACACGAAAAGAUCUUCAAAGAGAAACUUGUAGAUUAAUAUCUAAUAAUGAUGAAACAAAUUUUUCUUUUCAUUUUGAAUAUAUUUAUUUACAUUUAUUUAUUUGGGAUACACCACAAUAA